AUGUUUGAAGUAAUUCUUGUUGAAGACAAGCUUCCACUUCCAUAUCAUCAUAUGAAAAUGGACCCAUCAACCCAAGAAAUCACUGUUGAUCCACAAGUUCUUUGUGAUAUAAUCACACAUAAAUAUAAUGAUACAGUUUUACCAAACUACGGACUUUUAAUUGACUUAUUUGAUAUUGUCAAAGCUUAUGAAUGCAAGUCCCUCCCAGAUAUUCCUGUCGCUUAUGUUAGAUGUGUUUUCAGAUAUAUCGUUUUUAACCCUCCGAUUGGUUCAGUAUGGACUGCAAAAAUCUCUGGAACUAAUGAGGAUGGAAUUUCUCUCCAGAUGUCAUUUUUCAAUGAUAUUUGGAUCCCUUGGGCAAAUCUUCCCGAGAAUACAGAAUACGAAGCCAAAACAAAUACAUGGAGAUUCAUACCAAAUCCAGAUGAUGAUGAAGAUGCAGAAGAAGCAGAGUAUUACUUCAGCGAGGGUUUGAUAGUUAAAUUUAGAGUUUGCGAAGUUAAAUACAACCCUGAUGAGAAAGCUGGCCAAUUAAUGGUUAUCAGUGGCUCAAUGUCUACUAAUGGUCUUGGUCCAAUUGCUUGGUGGCAGCCAGAUGAACCAGCCGAAGCAGCUGAGUAA